AUGCCAGCGGACGUGUCCCUGGGCCGGGAGCUCCCCCGGGGGCUGCGGGACCCCCGCGAGGGGCCGGCGCCGGCGGGACUCCUGCCCGCUGGCUCCAGCUCCCUCUCCCUCCUCCAGGGCUGGAUGAACCAGCUGCACGUCUACGACCCUGAGCUUUUCCACCCCUCACUCACGCACUCGGUGCUCGCCGUGCUGGAUGGGGCCACCCUUAAGCUGUCCUACCCCAAGAGCAACAUCCCUCGCAGAGCCACCUUCGAGGAGGAAAUCCUCGACACUCCCUUCGUCAGCCACCGCUGCUACGACCUGACUGACGCCAAGGUCUUCCUGUGCCCCCCCAGCCUGGCCCGAAAGCGGACAUGGAACAAGAAAUACCCCAUCUGUGUCCUCCUCCCUGAGGAGGGCAGGAGCAGCGAGGAGCAUGACACGGAGCUGCAGGGGGAUGAGGGGACAAAGAAGGUGCCACUGUCCGGGCAGGACAUCCCAGGGGACGGCAGGGAGAGGUGCCUGUACCUGUUUGGGAGGACGGGGCGGGAGAAGGAGGAGUGGUACCAGCACCUCGUGCAAGCCUCCCGUGGGACACCCAGCAGCCACGGUGACACCAGGGCAGGUGUGGGACCAGCUCCACAGAGCAGCGGCAGCAGCAGCGGAGGGAGCACCGAGGACAUUUCCUCUGCUGUCCCAACCAAGGAUCUGUUGGGAAGUGUGGAAGAGAUUUACCUGGAUUACAACACCUACAUGGCCCGAUUCGUGCCAGCACAGGGAGCACCCAGCCCAGACCAGAGCCCCUCUCACAGAGCUCUGGGCAGUCCCACACCCACCAAGCUCGGCGAGGACACGGGCGGGCACGGCGAGGCUGGCAUGGCCUGGAUGAACGCGCUGGUGGGGCGCAUCUUCUGGGACUUCCUCCGAGAGCAGUACUGGGCAGAGCAAGUGUCCAACAAGAUCCAGAAGAAGUUGAGCAAGAUCAAGCUCCCGUAUUUCAUGAAUGAGCUGACGCUGACAGAGCUGGACAUGGGCACAUCCAUCCCCUUGGUCCUCAGUGCCUCCAACCCCACCGUAAAUGAGCGAGGGCUCUGGGUGGACAUGGAGGUCACCUACAGCGGCUCGUUGCAGAUGACGCUGGAGACAAAGAUGAACCUCAGCAAGCUGGGGAAGGAGAGCACUGCAGAGGAGAGCGGCCUGGCAGAGGCAGGCACGGAGGGGGCCAGGCCCCGGCUGAUCCUGCUGGCAGACAGCGACGCCGAGUCCUCCAGCGCCGGCUCCUCCGAGGAGGAAGAUGUCACUGCUGCAGAGCCCAUGGGAGCCCCGGGGGAGCGGGUCCCCCCGCCGGGCACCGAGGGCCACGUCAGCGGCAACAGCACGAGCCGGAAGAUCCUGCGCUUCGUGGAUAAGAUCGCCAAGUCCAAGUACUUCCAGAAGGCCACGGAAAACGAGUUCAUCAAGAAGAAGAUCGAAGAGGUUUCCAACACGCCGCUGCUGCUGACGGUGGAGGUGCAGGAGCUGGCAGGAACCUUGGCUGUGAACAUCCCCCCACCACCGACGGACCGAGUCUGGUACAGCUUCCGAGUGCCGCCCCAGCUGGAGCUGAAGGUGUGUCCCAAGCUGGGCGAACGGGAGGUGACGUUCCUGCACGUCACCGAGUGGAUCGAGAAGAAGCUGCAGCACGAGUUUCAGAAGGUCUUGGUGAUGCCAAACAUGGAUGAUCUCAUCAUUCCCAUCAUGCGCUCCGGCCUGGAUCCUUGGCCGCCCGCUGCGGGACUGCCCCGGGACCUGCCAGCCAAGGGGGACAAGAGGCUCUGAAGCACAUUCCCAGGGGCAGGGACACUGCAUGGAGCUCAGGGACCUCGCUGGGACACGGGGACAGCCAGGGCCUGGCUGGGCCUGGAUUCAUCCUCAUCCUCUGCUUGUGCAGAUGAGCCUCCUCCUCAAAUCCUGCAAGCACAUGUUCAGGGCAGAACCAGGCACAGCACAAAGGAGCUUCUGCAGAGCCAGGAACUUCAUGCUGAGGUUUCCAGGACUCCUGGUCAAGGAGGCAGCUCUGGACCGGUGGAAGGCUGGGCUUCCCACUGUCUGGUUCCCAAAGAAGGUGCAGGCCGCCCAGACCGGUUCUGCACCGAAGGAGUUGGGAUCAUCUCUGACUCAAACAUCACAGCUCCAAACAUCUCACCCUCCCCACAGGCAGCUGGACUGCAAGGAAAGCACGGGUGGGAAGUGAGUCCAAACUCAAUAAAUCCAUCGCUGCCCAGCCCUGCCUAGCAGCCAUCUUGUUGUGCACAAAUCCCCACAUCUGCCGAGGAUUCCAGCUGGGAUCGGGGGGAUUUGAACGGGGAAAAUUCCACGGGUCAGACCUUCAGCUCAGCAAAACAGUGCCUGGGUGAGUGUGUGAGAGGCAGUGAGGGGAGAGACUGUCAGGGACACUGGGCACAGGCAAGUCAGA